AUGGGGUGGCGGGGCAGCAGAGGAGGAAGAGCAUCAGGAGCUGCCCGUGCAAGAGGAAGCAGGCAGGGGAACACGCAAGAAAGAGGGAAAGAACAACAUUUUCCUCUCCUAACAAGAACCGGUGAGAGCUACAAAUGCGUACAGACAUACCUAACCACAGAAAUGCCCAUCACCGAUAUUAUGGAUUUCGAGGUUAUCAUCAGUGGCUCUGCUGGGUUGCUCAUCUUUCUGACCCGAUCAUUCCCCUUUAAUGUAUUCUCACAGGUGUCCGUUGCAAAUGAGGGCCUCGAUCUCUUCCUUGAGGUCGAAACAAUCAUUGGUGGUGUGACCAUGGUCACGAUGGAAGCGGUGAGUGGACGAUUUCCGUUGUUCUUUUCCGACAAUAAACUAUGUCAGGAACGCCUUGCUGAGAGCCCUCUCUCAAAAUCCCUGAGCUCCAAAAGGAAAACAGAGCGAAAUCACAUUUUACUUCUGCAAUUCUCUCUGUCAAAAUCCCCAAGCUUUGAAAGGAAAACAAAUCGAAAUCACGUUCAACUUCUGCAAUUCGAUCCUUUACAAUGCCUAGAAACGUCAAUUCUGUCCUCCACACCAGCAAUCUGUUCGUCGAUUUUAGGUAAUAUUGGAGAGGGUAGAGCAUUUAGCUCAGUCAGUUUCUGUAUACGAAGACAAAAUAUUUCAAAAAAGAGCUCGUAUUCAGUAGGUCCCACAGCUUCCAUGUUAAGCAAAUCCGGGUGCAGGCAUGGGUAUUUCCAUGUGGUGAACAAUGACUACACUCACUGGGAGAUGUAUGCGAUUGGCGGAAGUGCAAAUCCCACCAUCAACAGCCAGGGCAACAGAUAUCUUGCCCCGACGAAUCGCUUUGCCAAGGAGGCACUUGUGGUGAAGCUAAGGGAAGGCACCGGGCCAAAUGCUAAUACUGGUGUUGUCACUGGAGUUCUUGCAACUGUUGGGGAGCUUGCUAGGGUGCAUAAAUGAAGUCCCAUAAAGAAUGGAGAUAUGUAAUUCUCAAAAUUCUUGUUACUGAUGGAUGCAAAACUGAAUAUGUACUGCAACAGUGCCAUUGGCACUCUCCUGAACUGAAUAUGUAGUGCAACAAUGCCACUGGCACUCUCCUCAGAGGACACCGUCAAUGGGAAGAGGUACGGUGCUACCUAUCUCUAGAAGGAAAUAGAUAAUAUCUUCAUUUCUGGAUGUCCUGAUUCCAUAGCAUAGUUAGGACUUAUUUUUGUGUCUUGGGUGAAAAACUGCCAACAUUGAGGUC